AUGAAUUCGAACUGGUUUUCUCAGUGGAAUGAGAGGCAACGUGAAGACGAGGAAGAUGAUGAAGAAGAUGAAGAAUAUGAUGCACAGAGGCGAAGAAAUACAACACAAGUUAUGGCAGAAGCAGCUAGCUGGUUGGCUACUAACCCACUUCAACAACAACCUCAAUGGGGUGGUUCUGUUCCAGAUGACCCUGUGUACCCUGCCGAAACUUUCAGACGACGUUACAGGAUGAGGCGUGAAGUGUUCCUCCGCAUGUUAGAGCAUGUCCAGACGGCAGAUCCAUACUUUAGGCAGUCACAAGAUUGUGCUGGGCGUCCGGGAUUCUCACCUCACCAGAAAUUGACGUGCGCACUCAGAAUGCUAGCCACUACAUGCUCGGCUGAUUCCUUAGAUGAAUCAUUCCGUAUGCCAGAAUCAACAGCCAUUGAAAAUCUUAGUCGAUUUUGUGGUACCAUUGUCACCAUGUAUCAAGAACGCUACCUUCGGGCUCCUACAACAGAGGAUCUAGAUAUGCUCCUACAAAGAGCCGAGCGACGAGGGUUUCCUGGAAUGAUAGGUUCGCUUGACUGCAUGCAUUGGCAGUUGAAGAAUUGUCCAGUGGGAUGGCAGGGUAGCUUUAGCGGCAAAUCAAAAAAGCCAACUAUUGUUCUCGAAGCUGUGGCAGGUCCCGACACCUGGAUCUGGCAUGCUUUCUUUGGAAUCCCGGGAGCUCAAAAUGACCUCACUGUUCUCGGACGCUCCCCUUUAUUUGAUGCUGUCACAGCAGGUCAGUCACCACAUCUUAACUACUAUGUGAACGAGACUCCUUAUGAGUUUGGGUACUACCUUGUUGAUGGUAUUUACCCUAAGUGGGUGACGCUAGUGCAAUCUAUUAGACAACCUGAGAAUGAACAGGAGGAGUAUUUUUCCACAAAACAGGAGGCGUACCGCAAGGAUGUUGAAAGGGCAUUUGGAAUUCUACAAGCACGAUUUGCAAUAGUUAGGCAACCUGCAAGAGGUUGGGAUAAUGAUUCAUUAUCAACAAUCAUGUUGGCUUGCAUAAUACUUCAUAACAUGAUUGUGGAGGACGAGCGAGAUGACUACUAUAAUGAUGAGUCCGAUGAUGAUGAACCAAACCCCAAUAGGUCAAGGAGAGCUCGAGCAACAAUAUAUGAUGGCCCAAACUUACCUGUUAAUCCAAGAAGUGGGCAAAUUACAAUGGCCGAAUACAUAUAUGUCUCGUUACCGAAGGGUACGCUCUCAUAUUGGAAAUAG